ACCACCAGUACCACCAGCACCGCGCCCCGCCAUGGUGUCCCCCGUCACCGUGGUGAAGAGUGAAGGUCCCAAGCUGGUGCCCUUCUUUAAGGCCACUUGUGUCUAUUUUGUCCUCUGGCUGCCGACUUCCAGCCCCUCUUGGUUCAGUGCCCUCAUCAAAUGCCUGCCCAUCUUCUGCCUGUGGGUUUUCCUUCUGGCUCAUGGAAUUAAUUUCUUAGUGUCACACCGGAGUGCCAGCCGCAUCCUAGCAGGACUCAUAUUCUCAGCAGUGGGAGAUGCCUUUCUCAUCUGGCAGGAGCAGGGCUACUUCAUUCAUGGUUUGCUGAUGUUUGCCAUCACACACAUCCUGUACUCUUCAGCCUUUGGCAUGAAGCCUUUGGACCUCAAAGCCGGCUUGUUGAUGGGCCUUGUUUCCAGUUCCUGUUACGCCUUCCUGUACUCCUACCUCUCAGGCCCAUUCACCUACCUGGUAGCUGUCUACAUUGCCUUGAUUGGCUUCAUGGGCUGGCGAGCAGUCGCCGGCAUGCAGCUGUGCAACGACCUCUGGACAUGGACCAAGCUCUCGGCCUGCAUUGGAGCGAUGCUGUUCAUGGUGUCGGAUCUGACCAUUGCACUUAACAAGUUCUGUUUUCCUGUGCCCUACUCACGCUUCAUCAUCAUGGCUACCUACUAUGCAGCCCAAAUGCUUAUUGCACUCUCAGCUGUAGAGAGCAGAGAUGAAGAGGACUUCAGAAAGAGGAGCUAGGUGGAGCGCCAAUAGUCUGUGAACAAUGUGGGCUAUAUCUCAGGUGCUGUAGCUGCAUUCACCCCUGAGAGAGAUCUCCAUUUCUCUAAGCACAUUGGUGAUGUUGAUUUUGCUUCUUUGAAGCAUCACCUUCGGGGAUUUUUUUUUCCAAUGGCUUUCUCUGAAUACAGCUUACUUCAGUGUGGAGUCCUCAUCAGAAAGCUUAGACUGUCCCUGCAAUAGCUACUCAGUCAACUUUUCCUCCUCGGAAGUGCUGUACUACUGCAUUACUUGUUAGUCUUGAAACUGAUGCUGAAUGUCUGGGAUGAGGAGGGCUGAUGGAAAGGAGGUUUGGCCAUGCACUGUGCUGGAAGACUUGCUUUCACUAGUAAACACACAGGCACAGGUCUCUGGUAAAAUCAUAGGUAAAAACCAAUCAAUGUUUGUCUUUUUUUGUGUAUUACUUAGUAUGCUAACUGGAGCUAUUGCCUCUGCUGAAAGAAAACCUGGAGUUUGAGUAAAAACACCAACAUGCAGAUAAGGGAUGAGCUUUGGAAUCAAUAGCAGGAAGUGGGGCAGCCCCCAGCAGAACCAGGAUGAAAACAAAACACCAAACAGAGAGCACAGAUCAAGAGGUGUGCUGACAUGCAGUGCUGUGUACUUUGAUCACGGUUCAUCACUGCUCCAGGGCAGGUCUGUGGGUGCAAGUCAGCGUUGUCAUGUGUGGCAGAACUAGGAGUUUGGUGGGAUUUCAGGGACAUCUAGGUACACAGGUCACUGUGUUCUCUGCUGUCAUUCAUGUGCAGUUACAUAGUGUCUGCAGCCACCAGUGUCAGCUGAGACCUAAUGGGCACAUGAGGAACUUUGAGCUUGUGUCUUAGUAAUGUAUAUCCUAAUUAUCCUUAAUAUGGCAGACAGGAAUCUGACUUUUAUGCCUUUCUUUCCCAGUAUCUUAACAAAUAAUAUUCCAUAUACUCAUGAAGCUUUACAAUACCAUUGCUUGCAGUAUGUCUCUUGAAUUUUUAUGUGAGCAUUUCCUCUGGAGAAAGCCCGAUUUUGGAUGUAUACUGUUGCCAGCUGGUGGUAACAGUCAGCUUUGCACCACUUGUGUUCAGAAAGCCUCUUUCAGCAGGACUUCCUGAAAAGCACUGAAGUAUGUUCAAAGUGCCUGCCGCUUCCUUCUCAAACUCACAUGGAUGCAGUGAGAAUGUGCUUAAUUCUGGUGUAAAUGCUUUGGAUUUGUCUGCCCAUCUGAGGAAGCAAGACUAAUUCUGACUUCAGGCUCUUAUAAGAGGAAGAGGUUGCCCCAAUUUUUAAUCUAAGUUCAUUUGUGACCAUAUGUGUAUUUUUUCCUCUUGUUUAGAAUAUUUCAUAGCAAACUCUCUUUCUGUUUGAAACUAUCUUGAAUGUACAUUUUCUUUCUGGCCCUUUCCUAGGACCACUCUCAUGGGCUGAGAUGCUCCCUCAGUGAUUUAAGACAUGAGUGUACUCAGGUGUGCAAAGGAAGCUUGCUGAGGAUUCCUGCACCUCUUCAGAUCUACAGGCAAACAGGGACAACCAGUGUAGACUGCACAACUUGAAUCCAUGUGCCCCAACAGCCCCUUGCAUGCAGGCAGAGGGAGCAGGAGGGGCAGCCCUCCAGACCAGCCUUGUGGGCUGAAAAUCACCACAGUCUCCAUACUUAGCAUGCCCAGACCAUUCCAGGUUAAAGCCUGGCACUGAGUCCAUGGCACAGUUGGCAGAGCAGGAAUUCCUCUCUGUAGAGUGCGUCAGGGUCAGGGAGCAGCUAAGGAAACCUUACCAACCCUGCUAGCUUUUCCCUUGGUAUUGAAAGUUGCUCUGUGGAUCUCCUGCUCCUCCCUGGCCUUGCAUGGUGGGACUGGGUGGGCAAAUAGACAUUACCUCCCCAUGACUCCUGCAUUAGUGCAAAUGCAGCCAGUAUGACAAAAAUCUGGGUUAACUAUCCUGACCCCGUGAAGUCUUCUGCUGCUUUUCAGCCAGACAGAAAGGUCAGCUGCAUUAUUGAGAGGGAAAGCAUAGUAAAUAGCACAGCCCUGUGUAAUCUCUUCCCUUUAAUGCUGUUGUGUAAUAUUGUCAGGGUUCAUUCACUGGCACACCAGGGCCUGCCUAGAGUAAACUAGUAAGGGAAUUUAGAGCCAUAAACCAACUUCAUUCAUCAGCACUGCUUAUCUCCUGGCCACAGCUUGAACCCAGCAGUGUAGCUCUGCAGAUGUCACCUGCUGCUACUCAGCUUGAAUGUUUGCAAAUCAAUUCCUGCAACAGGCUGACCCAGCUAAGAGGAAAUCUAAGCAUUUGGGGUGAACCCCACUGUUCUCCCAGCAUGGGAUCAAACAGCACAUAUCAGUGUGAUUUACAGCUCCUUGACAUGGGUCAGUCCAGCACAUUUGGUCCUUAGCUGUCACUUCUUCCCCUGCACCCUGAGCUUCCCUUUACUGUGAGGAAAAUGACUGCAUGUUAAAGAAAGCUCUGUUUGAAAGUCAGAAUUUCGAUUUUUUUCUUCUCCCCGAGAAAUGAGCAGUCUUCAGUUUCCUGGAGAUGGCCAAGUUGCUUUUCUGUGUCUCUUUUCAUCUUGGCUGGCUUUGUUAUCCUGCUCCACCAUCAGCCACUGGACAGUUGCAGAAGUUGGUCUUUUAAGUGCUAUCAGGAGACCUGCCCAUUCCUCUCCACUUGUCAUCAGAGGUGCAGUUCCUGGUGGCAGAGUUCUCUGGAUAGCUCUAGCUGGGACAGCAAAUAUGUGCAGCUCAAGUGGGCAUUUGUUCCCUCACUGUCCUCUCCUCUGGAGUGGGCUGGCCCAGAGGCCAUACAAAGUCAGGGAGAGUCCUGGCUGGUUUGCUAGCAAAGGCUCUCAGUUUUCAAAAUCUCUCUUCCACUCUGCAUUCCACCUUUUAAUCCAUAUACUUGAAUGAGACCAUUUUCCUGGAGGUUCCUUCCUGCUGGGAAGAGACCACCUGCUGUGGAUACUUAUUUGAUACAACUGUUGAGGUUCAUAAACCCUGAGAAACACUAAGAGGUUGCUGGUAGUCCAUUAAAUACUUCUUCUUGGGAUUAAAGCUGUUCCCUUAACCCCAGUGAGGAAAAUCUCACUUUGAAAGGGAGCAAACAAGAAGUGGGAACAACGCGACUUUUUGUGGUACUGCCUUUGUGGGCCUUCGUGUUGUCUCUUUGCAUUGUAAAACUGAGAGGUUUGAUCCAUUCUUCUCCUUUUCAGGGGUACUGUCUUUGAGAAGCAUCCAGUCUUUGGCCCAGACACAUCACAGAGGGAAUGAAGCCUCCCAGUGGUGUAGUGUGCCUGGCCCCAGCAGCAUCAGCUCCUUUGCCUGCUAAAUACAGAGGCUUUCUUUUCACACUGCUGUAUUCAAACAUCCUCUGCAAUUCCUGUUUAUGAUCUUUAGAGGUUCCACACAUGGUUCAAUUACUUUUGCUCUCUUUCCUUUCUGUAGUUAUUACCCUCUUUGAGAUCCUUUGGCUCCUCAUUUGGACAGAUAAAAGAUGUAGCAUAUUUAUUUCAGCUUUGUAUCUCUGUAGAUAGAUCCUCCUCACACAAGACUCCCAGUGAAGUCAGAGAAGCAAUGUUAAUUGCAACUCUUUUUUAAAUACUAGUAAUGCUUCUGGGUUGCACCAGUUACACUGACAGGAUGAAGUUCGUGUUGAGAUGAAUGGCGGGUUGAGAUGAACAAAGCCACAGCUUUAUUCCUACUCUAACCAGAAAACUGUAUUCAUGCUUGAUGCCUGACUUCAUACUCCUCUGUGCUGAGGCAGCUCUAAGACAGAUUUGUUUAGCAAUUACUCUAACAUGGCUUUUAAGUAGAUUGCUGAAGGUCUGUUGUAAUCCAUGGAGAUAGUUUCUACACAAGUAUGCAAAAUUCCCAGGACAAACUCUGCAGAACUUUUAGUGACCUGAAGAGUUUUCUGUUCCUGUAGUUUGACACUAACUGUAGGUUUUCAGCUUGCUAUCAUGGUAAUUUUGGGAGCAAUUCUGGAAGAAGCAGAUCAAAGCAAACAGCAACUGUAAAGCUCAGGGGUAGGUGCCUCUUUCUUUUUGCUUAGUUUCUGGAUACAGACAGGGGCUCUUUUUAGCAGAGGUGUCAUAACUGUGUUCUGGGAAGAGGAAAGGAAGUUCCAGCUUCUCACGACAGAAGUCCUCUUGGGUACUUCUCCUGCCUUUUAUCCAUGCUUUCUCCUUUUGUGGCCUUAGGUAAGUCACUUAAAUUUUCUAGGGCCAGGUCCUCUUCUGGUGUAAAAAGGCUUGUGUGUAUGAGGGCCAGUGCUAUGCCAAGUUACAGUAGCACAGGACCAGGCCCUCACCCCAUUUCUAAAAUGGGGAUAUUGGCACUUACCUACCUACCUCACAAGGAUGCUAUGAGGAUUAAUGCUCAUACAGUGCUUUGAAGAUGUAAAGUGCUAUGUAAAUCCCAAGUAUUAUCCUACCUUAGUGUUGUUAAAGCUUUUAGGGAUCUGCAGGACUUUCCUUAAAGCACAGAACAUGUGACUGUCUUUUCAGUUUGCAUCAGAUGGAAAGAAAAUGCAAAAUUUUUAUUUACACUGGUUAACAGGAUGGGCUCAGAUGAACUCUGAGGAGGGUUUAGCUCAGAAGCCUGAAUUGUAAUUUCAGUUUUGCAGAUGGUUUUUAGGUCUUCUAAAAGCCCCAACCAAAUUCUUAGGUAUGAGUCUUACAUCCAAAUUUUGCAGUCUGGUUUAUCCCUGACUUAGCUAAAAUAAAUCUAAUCCAGCCAAAACACAGUGCUCUGACAAUCUGUUAUGGCUGUUGAAAAGACUGGGACAGAAAAGGAAGUCAUUGUUUUCAACCUUCAUCCUGAAGAAGGUCAGCUAGGUUUCAUGGGACAACCUGCAAAGGGAUGUUUAAUUUCUGUGAUUGUAAGUGUUCUCGCUUUAAUCAAGAGAGGGAAGGCCUUGAUGAAAUCAAUAAGGUCAUCAUAUCCUUCUAGAGUUACUUCCUUUUCAUGUGAAUCAAAGAAAUAGCAGGUUCCAUCAUGAAGGAAGUGCUUGUACCAUUAGUCCUAUAGCCCAGAACAAAUGUUGAUCUAGAAAUACAGCUCUAAACCAUCACCAUGCUCUCAACUAGUAUAAAAAUACCACUGUUCACUGAUUUCAGAUUUGGACCACAGCCAGAAGCUACUUGGUUCUAGUAGCAUUAGCUGCUGUACAAACACAAAUGAAGGAGAGGAAUUACACACCAAGAAAUAUGAGCUGUGUACGUGUGAAAUGGACCAUAAUUUAAAAGCAGCUGCAGUAAAAUCUUAAUAUGAACUCAGAAGCAAACACAAUGCAAAUUUUUAUGAUUUCUUUAUAUGUUUCAUGGGUUUUAAUUUUCCUAGUUUGGAGAAAGUUUUCUUAAUGUUAUUUUAUUUUUGCUCUUAUUGUAAAAAAUAAAAUUAAACUACUCUAGAUAGACUACACAUGAAAAAAGAUGGCCAGUUGGCAGGAAUGCCAAAACUUCUGUGGCUUGUAUUGUUCCUGUGGUGACACUAUGCUGCUGUAGGAUGAGCUUCUGGAAUGGUGUGACGGCUCAACAGUGAGGCUGAAGCACAAGGCCAGCCUCAUGUAAGAGGGAUGUAGGGGCUGAGCCACUGAGACAGCAGUGGGAGCACAACUGGGCCAAUUUGGAUCAGUCAGAAGAGAGAGAGCAUCAGGAAAUAAAGAAAAAGCUUUUCCUGACAAAUAAGAAGCAAGAAGCCAAAGCCAGCCUGCUGGGCAAUGGUGCUGAAUCAGUACAAACAUGUACCUAGACCUUGCUUGUGCAUGCUCCUGCAGGGCCAGGAGGCCUUGCUCCUAAUUCACCUGGGGAGGUUCGCUCCAAGCUUACAGCACUGGCAGAGUGAGGCCAGCAGAACCUGAUGCUUUGUUAAAUAAAUGCCAAAAACUAGAAGGCCACAACAACCACCACUAAACCAAAACAACUACAGAAAACAAGGAAGGAAAGAGCAAACGCCAUUGGUAACAGUAGUUCUGCAUGGCUGAGACCACAGACUGGCUGGUCUGUUCUGGACACUGAUCUCUCUGUCUUGCGCCUGUGCGAGCCUUUUGCUCCAGCCCCUCUUCCAUGCGUUUCAGAAGAGUGCACUGAAAGACAUGACUGAAGCAGCUGCUCUCCUCUGGGAGUCAAGCAUUUUGACAGGUCUGAAAGUGUCUAGCACUUACUUCCUUUACUGUGAUUAUAAAGGUCACCACAUGCAGUAUGGCCACUUGAUCUGGGAUCUUUUCUUAACACAUUUUUAUGCUGAUUUUACUAUUUUAAUUCUUUGUUUGGAAUGUAUUUUUCUCAUUUCUUCUGUGUGUAACAGCAAUUAAAAAUAUUAAUUUACUGUG